AUGCCUGUCGUGCCCGAAUACUUAAUACCUCUCAACCAGCAACAGCGACGCUAUGCGUCGGACCCUCCCAAGAGGGUCGUCGUUCCGUUUUCCAUCUGGGGUGAUCGCACACGACCCACCGCCGAGUUUGUGGUGUGCUGUUUGUGGACUGGUCGUAUUGAUGCUGUGAGAAAUUACAUGCGAUGCCGGCUACUACAGUCAAACACUCCGUACCGCCCCAAUUGUGCCCGGCCUUUCCUUGGCCAUGCCCUGACCCCAACCCGCCAAAAAGCGGCGCCGGAAUCGCCUCAUUUCCGCCGAACUCUAUCUAAUGUUCCGAACGCCGCCGUCUCCCGCGCGCGGAGCAUCUGCGCGCGUCACGCGGCCAUCAAAGGCGCGUUUGCGCAUGCGCACGACUGCCCCGCCCCGCCGCGCCGCGCAGUCAUCGCUGGAGGGCCCUCGUCCUCCUCGGGGCCAAGCGCUAAGCGCUCUUUGAACGCGCGACACUCGGCCCCGGAGAGAUCCAUGCGAGGUCUUCCGACAGUAAUGCAAUAA